GCUGAAUUGUUUAGAGCGUGAUUGACUUGAACUCCGGGCCUCAUGUAAUUGGAAUAUGGCACCAUUGGUUUUAAAAAUCAUAUAUUCUUAUAAGAUGAACACCAAGGUAGACAUGCCAUUGUUUUUCUGUGGAGACAUACAAAUGGUCUUCAGAGGGUGAGGAGACUUUGGGCACAAGGAUUUAAAGAGAAACCGAGAGGAUUUUGAUGAAUCUGUUCGAUUGAAUUGGCAGUAGAAAAAUGGGUUGUGCUUCUUCCAAGAUACUAAUGAGGGCGGGAAGCUUCCAACAGGAGGUGAAGCAAAGCAAACAGAAGAAAACUAAUGGGUUGGAAGAGUUGUUUAUCUCAAAGGAUGGAGGAGACCAAUUUCUUGCUCUUCUCUGCAGUGCAAACACAGUGGCUAGGAAGAUCAAGGCAUCAUCACUGAGAGAGGAACCCGAAACAAAUGUUGAGGCAACAAUUGAGCCCACAAAUCCCAAAACCAUGGAUGUUGAAGAGUCUGAUAGUACUGCAAAUCCAGCAAAUGAGCUUACAAACAUAGAAACGAUUAAUGCAUGGGAGUUGUUGGCUGGCUUGGAGGAAUGUAAAGAAGAAGAACAACAGCAGCAGAGGGAAUAUGACCAUAAUGUGGAAAGUUCUAACAUUGGGAAGGAUGAAGACUACAAGUUCAUUUUACACAAUGACUCAAUACCAUCAACAAGUUUCAAUUUGAUCGAAGAUAACAGUGAUGAUGUGGUCACACAUUCUAGAAGGAUCCGCACUGUAGAGGACUAUGAUGCAAUGGUGGCAGGAAAUUACUCAUUGGAGGAAGAAAAGUACAUGACUGAAACUUCUAGGGGCACAGUUGUUCAACUUCCUAGAGGUUCAGAGAGCUUGAGAAGGGAAUGUUUGACAAUCUCUGUGAAGAUGGAGGUCAAUGGUGUUGAACAAGAGAAGCAUGAAGAAUUGAAGCCGAAAAGCAUUGGAAAAGAAGCUGGUGUCCAGGAAAAUGUAGAUGUAAAACUCGACAAAAUAAGUGAAAAGGGUCCCAAGAGAAAAGCCAUGGCAAAGGAGCUCACAGCUCUCAAAGUUCCAGCUUUUGAGUUCUCAAGGACUGGAAGUCUGAGAGAGUGGCUUAAACUAGGAGGCCAAGUGUUUUCCCCGGGUUCUUAUGUCACGCCUAAGUUUGGCAAUUUUGUCUCACAAGAUCCCAGAAAUGGAGAAAUGGGGUGUGAUCAUAAUGUCUUUGAUCCAGAUUUGAUAGCACAGUUUGAACAGGCAAUGAAGCAACUGACAAUUGAAGAGGAGUUUGUCCUUAAACAGAUUGUAGAGAGCUUGGAGAAAGGCCAUGAGGGAGACAUUUCGAGGGCGGAAAUAUCUGAAGAACACAUACCAGUAUAGGAUUUAACUUUAGAUUGACGGUUAGACUGAAUCACAGAAAUAUGAAUGCAAUAAAUGUUGUAAUAUUUUUGUAAUUAAUACAGAUCUGGCAUCUCCAAAAAAAAUUUAUGAUAUUUAAGGUGAAGUUCUUCAACAAUUUAUACUUCAUAAAAUA